AACGAAUGGCAGCGUUGAUGUACAGGAACAUUACAAAGUGAUUAUGUUGUCGCGGAUGUUUGCAGUUGUAUGUUUCACUUGUUCAAUAAUGAGAGACCCUGAUCGGCCAUGUGGGGCAAUCAAACGACUGGGUGGCAUAUCGUGGUCGGCAUUGGUGAUGGCGAUGUUUCUGGAUGCAAAAUGUUUCUCGGGCUUCAGUUUGCAAGCUAAUUAAUAUUAUUGCGUCCAAAGCCGGUCUUCUUUCGACUUGUUAAACCCGCACAGCCCGCACAGCUCAUUUUGUUAGCUUUUCUAUUCCAAUUGAAGUGUGAUCCACGAUGCUGAAAGCCAUCGUUUACGAGUCUUCCCCGCCUUCGCUCCGCAUCCUCGACCAACUGCUACUCCCUUAUACCACCACCUACAUCUCUAUCCCAAAUGCCACGGCCGCCUUCCAUGCUAUUCGCUCGAUGCAGGUUCGGGGCGCUCCAGCCAUAGCCAUCGUCGCCGCACUCGCCCUAGCUGUCGAGCUCGCGACAACCGAAGUGUCUGAGAGUUCGGAAGAGGUCGCGGUGUUUGUGAAAGAGAAACUGGAUUACUUGGUACAGAGUCGACCAACGGCUGUGAAUCUGGCCGAUGCUGCCGGAAAACUGAGCAAAAUUGUGGAAGACAAAGCUGCUCAGCUUUCGGGAGCCGUCGGGGGAGAUGCAGUGCGGAAAGCCUACAUCAACGCCGCGGAGGCAAUGCUUGUUCACGAUGUAGCGGACAACAAGGCGAUUGGGCGGCAUGGGGCCGAGUGGAUCGAAAGCCAUGCCACGAGACACGAAGGCAAGGUGACGGUUUUGACACACUGCAAUACCGGAUCCUUAGCGACAGCAGGUCAUGGCACGGCUCUAGGAGUCAUCCGCACGCUGCACGAGCGUUCUUCAUUAUCCCAUGCGUACUGUACCGAAACCCGCCCAUACAACCAAGGCGCACGUCUCACGGCAUACGAACUUGCUUACGAGAAGAUCCCGGCCACCCUCGUCACCGACAGCAUGGCCGCCGCCCUCAUGCGGUUGAAAGGCAUAUCGGCAGUCGUGGUUGGGGCCGAUCGUGUUUCUGCGAAUGGGGACACGGCAAAUAAGAUCGGAACAUACGCUCUGGCGGUUCUAGCUCGAUUUCAUAGAGUGAAAUUCCUCAUCGCCGCACCGAGGACAACCAUCGAUUUGGCCACCGCGGAUGGGUCUCAGAUCGUCAUAGAAGAGAGAGCGAAGAAUGAGGUGACCAUGGUCAAAGGACCUAGAUGGGAUGCUGUUGGUGCGGAUGGGAGUGAGGGUCUCGAAGGGAACGGAGAACCGAAAGCGUUGGAGAAUGUCACGAUCAAAAUCGCUGCCGAUGGGGUGGAUGUCUGGAACCCAGCAUUUGAUGUCACUCCUGCAGAUCUAAUCGACGGUAUCGUCACGGAGGUCGGUGUCGUUGAGAAAGGUUCGGAAGGUACUUUUGAUCUCAGAAGUCUGUUUGCGGGCAAAGAUGAGGACGAUUCCGGAACUAAUACGAAUGAAUGAAAACAUCGUGGAUCGAGCACACCGGUCGUGCUAAUUACAAAACGCGGACCGCAAUGCUUCUGAUUUUAUGAGAUCUAUUAUAUUAUAGAUUAUACUAGAUCGUAUAUAUAGACCUGGCCGACUGGCGGCGAUACACGUGGGUGGCUUAGAAAGCGAAACCCCCUGAGUUCUUCUGCCGCGUUUCGCCGGCGGCUUCGUAAGUCCCAUUGGGCAAGAUACGAAGGGCCUGAACAGCGGAGGAGCCCGGCGCCAUAAAAGUGACAUUGUGGUCCCUAUGGACAUGGUUAGUUGUGAAAAGGGAUAGAGAUCGCUCUCACGUACCUAGACGACAUGAACUCUGUUGUUUCAUUGUUAAAAUCGUACUCGAAUUGUACCACGUUGGGCUGGAGUUGGUCAUGGAAACGAGGCUCUUUGAGGGCUUCAAACACCGUCAUGCCUUUGUCUAGGACGUUCCAAAUGGACAGAAUGGUUCCGGUGAU